AGCUCAGCGGGCCGGUCCGAGAAGAGACACUGUCGGCCGAACUCACUCCGGAGCUUCGUGUAGACGUGGACGAUCUCCAUCCGGAGAAAGGCCGGUAAAAAGGUGGACUGUGACCCGGAGAAAGGCCGGUAGAAAGGCUGACUGUGACCCGGAGAAAGGCCGGUAAAAAGGUGGACUGUGACCCGGAGAAAGGCCGGUAGAAAGGCUGACUGUGACCCGGAGAAAGGCCGGUAAAAAGGCCGACUGUAGGUUGAGAUCUUGUCUAGUGGAAAAAGCUGAAACAUUGACUCAAAUCCACAGGAGGAUUUCAAGUUUGUUGUUUCCUAGUAACGGCUUGGCGCUUUGAAUGAACUGUAUCCUAGCAACCGUGACGUCUUCUUCUUCUUCUUCUUUGUUGUUUAACGGCAGCUUGCAUCCAAUAGUUGCAUUGCUGCCUCCUGCUGGAUCUUCACAGCACUACAUAGUUAUAUCCUUUGUAUCAAUCUUGUGGUGGUUAAAAACUCAAACAGCCAGCGUUUGCCUCUCCCCCUCCUCCUCAAAAUAUUGCUGGAUAAUUUCGAGUACACUUUCGCUUUCGGCGUCCAUGUUCAAGUUUACUUUCCCGUUCCAAACUCCAGCAGGUGGCAGUAGUACUCCACCCCCAGCGGAGAAAACUGCCAUUAAACUACAACGAAGAAGAAGAAGAAGACAGACGCUGCUAUCGUGUUUUGGGAUUUGCGGUUGCGUUUUCUUUUUUGUGUUUGCAUGUGUGAUUUGCUGUCGUGUUUUCUCUUUUUUGUGUUUGCACGUGUGAUUUGCAGUUGCAUUUUGUGAUUUGUGGUCGCGUUUUCUCUUUUGCGUUUGCGUUUUGAUUUGCUUUCGUGUUUUCUCUUUUGCGGUUGUGUUUUGCACUUCCAGGCCACCGUACCUCCCCGCCUCCAAGAGUGCUGCGACUGUCACCUCCUCAAGCCCUACUUCCCGCAUCUUUUCCACCAGUACCUGCCUCUCCCGGUUGUAACAUCUACAAGAAAUAAAAACAUGUUGCACCGUGACGUCUUCUUCUUCUUUCGUUUAAUAGCGGAUUCAUGUGCAUACCGCCACCUACUGUAGAGUGUGUAACCUCAUAUCUCAACUUUAGAUUCUCUGAGAAAAGCAGAAUUUUGUUUUCCUUCCAUCUUUCCUCUGACUCAAGAAUUCACUCCGGACCCAUUGAGCUGCUCUAACUUUACCCUGUACUCUCUGUCUCUGUAUCUCUCUCUCUGAUGCAUAUGUUCAACCGCGAUGUCAGGAUUUUCAAUAAACUUUUAUUGAAUAUUAAUUUAUAUGUCACUGAAGAAACUGUUUAAUAUGAAGACAAAGAAAUGGUGAAUUUUUGAAUGAAUAUAUAUAAAAAAAGAAAGAAGGCCACAGCUUCAAUUUAAAUUUGAUGACUGGACAGUAAAGUCAUCUGUGAACAAGAAGGUCAUCAGGUUAGACAGGAAUAUUACAGUGAUUACAGUAAAAUAUAUAUAUAUAUAUUACAGUAAUUACAUUAAUACAGUAAUAUUACAGUAAUUACAGUAAUAUUACAGUCAUUUCAGUAAUACAGUAAUAUUACAGUAAUUACUAAAAUAUUACAGUCAUGACAGUAAUAUAGUAAUAUUACAAUUAUUACAGUAAUAUUAGUCAUUACAGUAUAAAGUAAUAUUAAAGUAAUCAGAGUUAUACAGUAAUUACAGUAAUAUUACAGUAAUUUACAGUAAUUACAAUAAUAUCAUAUCAACAGUCAUUACAGCAAUGCAGUAAUAUUACAGUAAUUACAGUUAUGUAACAGUAACUACAGUAAUACAGUAAUAUUACAGUCAUUACAGCAAUGCAGUAAUAUAUCAGUGAUAACAGUUUUAUUACAGUAAUAUAACAAACAUUACAGCACUGCAGUAAUAUUACUGUAGUUACAGUUAUAUUACAGUUGUUACAGUAAUAUAGUAAUAUACAGUAAUUAUUAUACUGAAGCAAUUAGAGUAAUACAGUAAUUAGAGUAAUAAGUAAUACUAUAAUUACAGUAAUUAAAGUUAUAUUACAAUAAUUACAGUUAUACAGUAAUUACAUUAAUAUUACAGUAAUAGUUAUAUCACAGUAGUUACAGUAAUACAUUACUGUAAUUACUGUGAUAUAACUGUAUUACUGUAAUAUUAAUGUAAUUACUGUAACAUUACUGUAAUUUACAGUAACUACAGUAAUAUAACAUUUAUUACAGUAAUAUCACAGUAAUAACAGUAAUAUUACAGUAAUACAGUCAUACUUCAGUAAUUACAGUAAUACAGUAAUUUACAGUAAUAAAAAUAUUACAGUAAUAGUUAUAUUACAGUAAUUACAGUUAUACAGUUAUAUCACAGUAGUUACAGUUACAGAGUAAUAUUACUGUAGUUUACAGUAACUACAGUAAUAUUACAUGCUCAGUCUGUAAGUCUGAACUGUGAGGGGAAGUCAGUUUGUUUGUUUGUUGGGCUGUCAUUUUUAAAAAGUUAACUUUUUAAAAGUGUGUGUGUGUGUGGGGGAUAUAAUGCAUUUUUUUGGAAUGCAAUGUUUUGGCCCCGCCCCCUUUACUGUGGUCGAUCAGCAGAGAAGCUUCUCUGUGGGUGUUGGAGUCAGACCCACAGAUGAAACAGUCAGGAGAGAUUUAGUCAGUCACAUCAACAAACUACAGUCUCACAUAUUAACAUCUUCAUUUUAAGGUUAUGACGAAAUCUGUUUAUCCCGUGAUUUGAAACUUACCAUACCUGUAGUCUGGACACCAAACUUGGUAACUUUUGAACCGUGUGAACUGUGUUUUUCUCUGUAGAAAAUUGUAAAAAAAAAAAAAUCUGAACCACGUGUUUGUAUGUGUGUUGUAGUUGUCAUUCUCCUCCCAUCAAGCAGGGGUCUCUGUUCGUCUGUGCGCUUCGCUCGGCUUAAGGCGAACAGUCGUCGACGCGGAACUCGGUGCGUGUUUACUGCGGGUGUGCUGGUCGUCUUUGUCCGUAGACAGAAGCAGGAUGUGCGGGGUGCAGAUGCUGCGGGUGUCGGUCCAUGAGCGGCUGAGCGCCGCCGCUGAAGCCUUCUUGCUGCAGCUGGAAAGAAGAAGAAGAAGAAGAAGAAGUGGAGAAGAAGAAGAAGAAGACGCGGCGGCGGCGGAAGUCCCGGCGGCACUGAGAGCGCUGCUCACCGAGCGGCUAAAGGCGGCCGCGGAGGAGAUCGUCGCUCUGCUCGAGGACACCGUGGCGGAGUACGAAGAGCGCGUGGAGCGCAAAGAGCGCGAGAUCUGCCGCCAGAGGAGGCUGCUCGAGGCCGUCCUGAAGCCCCGAGUACAGCUGACCAGAACAGGUCAGUACCGGAACCACAGAGACCCGAAGGAGGAACCAGGAGAGACACCCGCAGAACACUAAACACACACACACACACACACACACACACACACAUAUACAGAUACACACUUCCGCUCACCUUCAAAAUAAAAGGUGAACAGAACAGGUCAGUACCGGAACCACAGCGCCCCGGAGGAGGACCCAGAUAACACAAACAUAACAAACACACACAGGCUGUUGCUGCGUCCGAAUUGCCCGCUCGGAUACUACAUGCUACUGCUACGUGCUACUGCUAGAUCCUACUCCUACAUAUUAAACACGUUGGCCCAAUUCGGACACACGAGACGAGCGGUGGGGAAAGACGACCCCCGCAGGCAGAGAGUAGGUACUGCGCCCGUUUUAGACUGAAUGGUAAUUGUGAUGGAUGCUGCUGUAUUAUGUUCCUGCACUGCUUUAGAAAUUCACAAAGUAGCUUUUCCAUGACUUUUAGCCUUCAUUCACUCACGUAGUGAUCGUUUGUUCAAUGAGAUCUGCCUGAUUACUGCAGCUGUGCAGUUUAAUGAUGGAAUAAGUGAGCUUUACCGCCAUGAUGUCGCCACAUAUUUGCUCAUAAAAUGAUUACUUGGCCAAAUAUGACACCAUGACAUGACAAAGAGAUACAACCACACAUUUUUUAGGACAGUGUGUGAAGUUACAUGAAACUUACAUCUGUACUGCGCUGCUGUGGCCAGCCGGCGUUCGCAACACAUUUAAAUAGGCAGAGCAGCUGGUCGCGCUAGUAUCACGCGCUUCUACAACUUUUAAGAGGACGAAGAAGAAGCCCGCGGUGCAUUUUGGGUCAGUAGCAUGCCCGUAGGAUGCACCGAGACCAACCUACAAUGUGGGCGUGUCUAGUAUCUGAAGUAGUAUCUGAAGUAGCAUGCUACUCGCUCCGGUGGCCAAUUCGGACAUGCUAGAUACUACUUCGACUACUACUUGGCAAUUUGGAUGCAGCUUGUGUCUUAUUUCAGAGACUGCAUCAGGAUAAGCGCGCUUAAGCUUAUCAUGACUUUAUUCUCCCAAGUUUACAACUUCAAUCUCUAAGUCUUUAAAAAAAAAAAAAUCUCAAUGCGCGCUUAGCUGAGCGCACUGCUGUUAUGUGGACUGGAGUACCCUAAGUGAGAUGAUCCGGUUUUUGUGAAAUGGGACACACUACCCUUCGGAGGACUUCCUGGUUGAGUUGCCAAAUGUCCCCACCCUCAGGCUCGCGUCACGACUGACUUGAAGAAAAGCCGCGGAGCGCAGCAGUUAUUUUUUAAUUGUACGACCUUGCACAGACACAAAACAAUAGAUACAUACAAGCACAGAUAAUUUCCACAAAAUUCUUCCAGUGAUUGUUUUGUAUGAAGGAGUAUGAGGGCCAUAUAGACAAUUUUUUCAAAGACUUAGAGAUUUAAGUCGUGAAUUUACGAGAAUAAAGUUGUAAUUGUUAUUUCAAAGGAGAGUUGUUAAAAUUAGAGCCAUUGAGCAUUUGACGGAACUGUGGUUCAGUAUAGGUCUCACAAACAAGGAGAUACUUCAUCCUUUGGCACAUCAGCAUCACAUUGUCAAAAGUAUAAAGAAUAUAUGAGAAAUACGUGGUGUACUUGGAGGAAAUCGCUGCUUUUGUGGAGGCAGGAAUGAAUAUGCUGAGGCUAUAUCUGUCAAUGCAGCUGUAAAAUGAAUGACAUUGAGCUUUAGUUUAUGAUAUGAAUCCAUAUGCCAUAAUAAGGUGUUGGUGUCUCUGCAGGUGUAGGUUACCGCCGGUGUCAGAGACGUGGUGCUCGUCGGAGCUCGACUCCCUCUGGAUCACAAAUGUUGAUCAUCAUCAGUUUGAUUGUUUCUUCAGAAACCACAAAAUCUCUCUGAAUGACCCGCUGAUACAUCCACAGAUAACCCUGCAGAUGACCAACUUCAGUCAUUUCCCCCUCCACAAAAGCAGCUUUAUGACUUUAUUUACUUUAUGACUUUAUUUACUUUAUGACUUUAUUUACUUCAUGACUUUAUUCUCCCAAGUUUACAAAUUCAAUCUCUAAGUCUUAAAAAAAAAUAAAAAAUCUCAAUGUUGUCCUGAUCCUCUGCUGUAGUUUUGUCAGCUUUCUUAUUUCUAAUGUCUUUGAUGAUGGCAGCAGAGCGGAUCAGUUCGUCUCUAAAUCUAUAAUGUUUGGUUUUUCAGAUUUUAGUGAGUUAAGAGAUCAUGCGCUCAUACAGCCUGAGCUGACUGUCUGCUGUUUUUGGAUUUCCUUUAUUUUCUUUAAAGACGUGCUGCAUCUCCAAGCGAGUCCUGCCUCUCACCCGAAAUGCGCAGCUGUGCAUCGGCACGGUACCGACGGCACAAAAGGGGUGUAGUGUGGUUUUGAGACCGAAUUUGAAGCGUCACAGUAUUACAGUAUUAUUCACAGUAUUAUUCAUAGUAUUACAGUAUAUUCACAGUAUUAUUCACAGUAUAACAGUAUUAUUCACAGAAUUAUUCACAGUAUCACAGUAUCACGGUAUCAUUGUCAGUAUAAUUCACAGUAUUAUGGUUUUAUUUACAGUAUUGUUCACAGUAUUAUUUACAGUAUUACAGUAUUAUUCACAGUAUUACAGUAUUUUCUAGGUUUUGCAGUAUUAUUUGGUUUUAUUCACAGUAUUAUUUACAGUAUUACAGUAUUAUUCACAGAAUUAUUCACAGUAUCACAGUAUCACGGUAUCAUUGUCAGUAUAAUUCACAGUAUUAUGGUUUUAUUUACAGUAUUGUUCACAGUAUUAUUUACAGUAUUACAGUAUUAUUCACAGUAUUACAGUAUUUUCUAGGUUUUGCAGUAUUAUUUGGUUUUAUUCACAGUAUUAUUUACAGUAUUACAGUAUUAUUCACAGUUUUACAGUACUAUUUACGGUAUUAUUCACAGUAUUAUUUACAGUAUAACAGUAUUAUUCACAUUAUGACAAUAUUAUUUAAAGUAUUAUUCACAGUUUUACAGUACUAUUUACGGUAUUAUUCACAGUAUUAUCUACAGUAUUACAGUAUUAAUUACAGUAUUAUUUACAGUAUAACAGUAUUAUUCACAGUAUUUAUAAAGUUUGAAAAAUCAUUCAUAGUAUUAUUUACAGUAUUAUUCACAAUAUUACAUUAUUUUUCACUCUAUUAGUCACAGUAUUACAGUAUUAUUGACAGUAUUACAGUAUUAUUGACAGUAUUUCAGUAUUAUUCACAGCAUAACAGUAUUAUUUACUGUAUUAUUUACAGUAUUACAUUAUUUUUCACUGUAUUAAUCACAGUAUUACAGCAUUACUACAGUAUUAUUCACAGUUUUAUUUAAAAUAUUACAGCAUUAUUCACAGCAUUUUUUCAGUAUUACAGGUAUUAUUCACAGUAAUAUUUAGAGUAUUAUUCAGAGUAUUAUUCACAGUAUUACAGUAUUAUUUCCAGUAUUAUUCACAGUAUUUCAGUAUUAUUCACAGUAUAACAGUAUUAUUUACUGUAUUAUUUAAAGUAUUACAUUAUUUUUCACUGUAUAAGUCACAGUAUUACAGUAUUAUUUACAGUUUUAUUCAAAGUUUUAUUUAAAAUAUUACAGUAUUAUUCACAGUAUUUUAUCAGAAUUAUAGUAUUAUUCACAGUAUUUUUGACAGUAUUACAGUAUUAUUUACUGUAUUAUUCACAGUAUCUCAAUAUUAUUCACAGAACAACAGUAUUAUUUACUGUAUUAUUUACAGUACUAAAUUUUUUUCACUGUAUAAGUCACAGUUUUACAGUAUUUUUUACAGUAUUAUUCAGUUUUAUUUAAAAUAUUACAGUAUUAUUCACAGUAUUUUUUCAGUAUUACAGUAUUAUUCACAGUAUUAUUUACUAUACUAUUCAGAGUUUUAUUCACAGUAUUAUUGACAGUAUUACUGUAUUAUUUACAGUAUUAUUCACAGUAUUACAGUAUUAUUCACAGUAUAAUAGUAUUAUUUACUGUAUUAUUUACAGUCUUACAUUAUUUUUCACUGUAUAAGUCACAGUAUUACAGUAUUAUUUACAGUAUUAUUCAAAGUUUUAUUUAAAAUAUUACAGUAUUAUUGACAGUAUUUUAUCAGAAUUAUAGUAUUAUUCACAGUAUUUUUGACAGUAUUACAGUAUCAUUUACAGUAUUAUUCACAGUAUUUCAAUAUUAUUCACAGAAUAACCAUUAUUUACUGUAUUAUUUACAGUAUUACAUUAUUUUUCACUGUAUUAGUCACAGUAUUACAGUAUUAUUCACAGUUUUAUUUAAAAUAUAACAGUAUUAGUCACAGUAUUUUUUCAGUAUUUCCGGUAUUAUUCACAAUUUUAUUCACAGUAUUAUUCAGAAUAUUAUUCACAGUAUAAUAGUAUUAUUUACUGUAUUAUUUACAGGAUUACAUUAUUUUUCACUGUAUAAGUCACAGUAUUACAGUAUUAUUUACAGUAUUAUUCACAGUUUUAUUUAAAAUAUCAGUAUUUUUUCAGUAUUACAGUAUUAUUCAGUUUUAUUUACAGUAUUAUUCAGAGUAUUAUUCACAAUAUAACACUAUUAUUUACUGUAUUAUUUACAGUAUUAAAAUUCUUUCACUGUAUUAGUCACAGUUUUACAGUAUUUUUUACUGUAUUAUACAGUUUUAUUUAAAAUAUAUAGUAUUAUCCACAGUAUUAUUUACUAUACUAUUCAGAGUUUUAUUCACAGUAUUAUUGACAGUAUUACUGUAUUAUUUACAGUACUAUUCACAGUAGUUCAGUAUUAUUCACAGUAUAAUAGUAUUAUUUACUGUAUUAUCUACAGUCUUACAUUAUUUUUCACUGUAUUAGUCACAGUAUUACAGUAUGAUUUACAGUAUUUUUCAGUUUUAUUUAAAAUAUUACAGUAUUAUUGACAGUAUUACAGUAUUAUUUACAGUAUUUCAUCACAGUAUUAAAGUAUUUUUCACAGUAAUAUCACAAUGUUACAGUUUUAUUCACAGUAUUACAGUAUUAUCCACAGUUUUAUUCACAGUAUUGCAGUAUUAUUCACAGUACUUUUAACAGAAUUACAGUAUUUCUCAGAGCAUUACAGUAUUACUCACAGUAUUACAUAAUUUUCAGUUUACAAUAUGUUGGGUCUAAAACCUGCCCAAAUACCUGAAAACAUAUAAAGAAGAGAAAGACAAUGGUUUAUGCUCGAGGAGAAUGGACAGAGAUAGCAUCAGGUGUUUUCUCAAGACCACUCUGAGAGUGGUUUUCUGUCCUCCCUCUUUUAUUUGGGGUUGUCCCUGGUUACACAAUGUUUCUAAAGGGUGGGGGAAAAAUAUGUGCAGCAACGUAAGCAUAUUCAUAAAACAUAAUAAUGAACAACUGUGAAUAUGUGAAGGUCAAGGCGACAUGGUUUUAUCAAACGAGCUCCUUCUGAUAAGAGCGGAUCCUCCUCAAUACUUCCCAUGAUUCAUAGUGGAGGAUACAUCACCCACACCCCCACACCUGCUGAUAGGAAAAACGAGUUCACAGAGAAGUUAAGAAACAUUCAUGUGCUGUGUAAUUAUUGGAGAGAGAAGUUAGAAAACACUCAUAUAUGAUAAAAACACUUAUGUGAUGUAUAAAAGAGGUCAAAACAGUUUAUACUUGUAGUAAAUUCUUACAUAAGAAUAUGAGGAAUAAUGAUAACUUCUAUAUACAUUUAUGCACAUUAUUCUAACACAAUAUUUACAGUAUUUCAGUGUAACAGUUUUAUUCACAGUUUUACCGUAUUUUUAACAGUAUUACAUUAUUACUCACAGUUUAACAGUAUUAUUCACAUUAUGAAAGUAUUAUUCACAGUAUUAUUCGCUGUAUUACAGUGUGAUCUGUUCCCUCUAUGAUCCAGUAAAUCACAGACCCCCCCCCCCCUCCGUGUUUCUGCUUCUCCUCAGAUACUUUACAGACCAUCAUCCUGGACCACAGAGACCUGGAGCCUCUGCUGGACCCCGCAGCCCUGAACCCCUCUGAACCCGAGGAGCCCGACAGCCCCGCCUCUUCCCUCGCCUCCUGUCCCGCCUCUCCUUGCUCCUCCUCCCCCUCCUAUCAUCAGCCCUCCUCACCCAGCAGCUCGACCGUCCUCAGCGAGGACGAUGGCGAGUGUACUGCCCAGAACCGAGCCCAGAACCGGGCCCUGACGUCCCCGAAGAUCAAAAGGAAGAGAGGAGGGCCACCGCUCGCCAACAGACCGAACCAACCGGCCAAACGGAAGCGCUCGGCACCGGCUCAAAGGUUCGAGUGUCAGGUGUGCGGCCGCUCUCUGCAGGGGAAGGGCUUCCUGCUCAAACACGUCCUGCAGGUCUGCUACCAGGACAAAGACUGUCGCUGCGGUUUCUGCGGCGAGGGUUUAGACUCCGCCCCUGAGCUGGCGGCUCACCUGCAGAUGCACCAGGAGAAAAGUAAAACCUGUUCGUACUGCGGGAAGACCUUCCAGUCCAUCCUGGCACAGGAACUUCACGUCCGUCUGCACACUGGAGAGAAACCCUUCAGCUGCGACGUCUGCGGGAAGAAGUUCAGCCAGAAAGGAAACCUGGCGUCGCACAUGCACGUCCACACCGAGGAGAAACAGUUCAAGUGUAAGGAGUGCAGCCGUGCCUUCUGCCACCUGUCCUCGCUGCAUAGACACCUGCAGGAGCACCGAGACCAGGAGGUGCAGACCUGCAGUGUCUGUUGCGAGGAAUUCACAAAGAGGCAGGACCUACAGCGACACAUGUCCAAACGCCAUAAACAGCGAGCCGACGUACCAGCGACACAGCGCCGAUCCACCCCGCCCCAUCUCUGCAAAGUGUGCGGGACCAUCUUCCAGAGGAGGACGUACCUGGUCAAACACGUGGAGACUCACCUGCAGGACCCGGACCGCAUCUGUGGACUCUGUGGAGACCAGUACGAGUCCACCGCCAGCCUCACCGCCCACCUGCGCUCACACCGCGACUUCAGCAACACCUGCCACAUCUGCGGGAAGACCUUCCCCGCCCACGCUGCGCUGGAGAUGCACCUGAGGAUCCACACUGGAGAGAAACCGUACACCUGCAACUUCUGCGGGAAAGCGUUCAACCAGAGCGGGAACCUGAAGAUGCACCUGAAGAUCCACACGGGGGAGCGGGCGUUCUCCUGCAGCCUCUGUGGGAAGGGCUUCACCCAGAAGAACACGCUGGACACACACAUCCGCUUCCACAACAAGGAGAGACGCUUCCUGUGUCAGGUGUGUGGGAAGGGCUUCAUGCAGGACGUGGACCUGAAGAGACACAUCCUGAUCCACACCGGAGAGAAACCCUACACGUGCACCUUCUGCGGGAAGAGCUUCCAGGCCAAACGCUCCCUCAACGGACACCUCAAAGUCCACGCCAUCGGACUGUCGGGACCCGAUCAGGGCUCAGAGGAGCAGAGGACAGAUGGGUUCUUCUCGGGCUUCAUCCAGCUGUAGAGGUGGGGGGGCCGGGGGGCGGGAGAAAAAAACUCAUAAAAGAAACUGACCCGAUGAUUAAACUUGGAAUGCUGAGCUGACAGGGGGCAGAACCACCAGACAGAACCAGUACCAGACCCCCUCCAGCUCAGUGUAUGCCCCCCCCCCCUUUAAUAAAGUUUAUACUCCUUAAACCAUAAGCUGUGUUUCAUGAGUACUGGGUAGUAUCAGUGUGUACAGUACAGCUGAUAAAACUGUAACUGGUC